CGCGGGAAAGCACCACGCACCGAGGACGAGCUCUGCUUCGUUGAUAUUUGUUGUAUAGCAGCAUGAGCGUUCGCAUAACUCCACCGAUUGAGACUAAAAAUGGCGACGGGGAAGAGGAGGAGGCGCCGCCUAAAGCCGAAUUGCCGUACAAUUUCGAAAAGGAGCUUAUAGAAAACCAAAAUCGCCACUUUUGCGGACAUUACACAUUCGUGCCAUGCACAUUAGUCGAACCGCUGACAACGAAGUUCUACGCGAGACACGAUCAAAACACUUUGGAUGACGAAAAGUAUGCGAAGUUCGUUAAGCAGUGUGGCAGAAGGCGUGCUCGGGGCAUAUUGCCGCAUCUAUCUGGCGAAGUGUAUGGUUGGCUGCCGGCAGCUCUGGGGGACAGUGUGAAGGAACUCAACUUCAUUUGUGCACCGAAAAUUCGCACCAAUAUGACAAUACAUGGCGAGCGUGUAGUCAGUGAGCGCGUGACGGAGCGACCGGCCUUCAAUGGACUGCGUUUUAUCGUUUGAAAUUUUAUUUUGUACCAAAAAUAAAUAAAAUCGCAGCAAAUUUA